AUGUCUUCCAGACUAAUGAAUGUGUCCGGCAGAGAAACCACCAACUCUGUGAGUCACUUUAUCCUCUUGGGCUUUCCCUCGAGCCCAGAAAUGCAGCUCCUCUAUUUUGGACUCUUCUCAGUAGCCUAUACCUUGACCCUGAUGGGGAAUGCUGCCAUUGCCGGUGCCGUGUGGUGGGACCAGCACCUUCACACCCCCAUGUACAUCCUCUUGGGGAAUUUUUCUUUCCUGGAAAUAUGUUACGUUACCACAACCACCCCUAACAUGUUGGCCAACUUCCUCUCCACAAGCAAGUCCAUCUCCUUUGUGAGUUGUUUUGCACAGUUCUACUUCUUCUUCUCUUUAGGGUGUGAUGAGGGCUUCUUCCUCUGCAUCAUGGCUUUUGACAGGUACCUAGCCAUCUGCCGUCCUCUGCAUUACCCACUCAUCAUGACUAAACAGCUAUACACCAGUCUCAUCAUCUUUGGAUGGUCCUGUGGGUUCGUUCUCUUCCUAACCCCAGUUCUUCUCAUUUCACAGUUGCCCUAUUGUGGCCCAAAUACCAUCAAUCAUUUCAUCUGUGAUCCUGUCCCAUUGAUGAUGCUGUCCUGUUCAGAAGACACCACAACACAGUCCAUUUACUCUACUUUCAAUGCUGUUUUCAUGAUUGGUACAUUCCUCUUUAUCCUCUGCUCCUAUGCUCUGGUGAUUCUGGCUGUGCUAAGAAUGCCCUCAGCAGCAAGUAAACACAAGGCUUUCUCCACUUGUGCUUCUCAUCUGGCUGUGGUGGUCCUGUUUUUUGGCUCUGUUAUGGUGAUGUAUGUUAGUCCUGGAUCUGGACACCCAGUGAAAGUGCAGAAAAUUGUGAGCUUAUUUUACUCUGUGAUAACACCUCUCUGCAAUCCUCUGAUUUAUAGCCUCAGGAACAAGGAGAUGAAGGCUGCCCUGAGGAAAGUCUUUGGGACUGAAAUUUCUGUUCAUAAAACAUAAAUCAGAAGUAAUAGUAAAGCAAGUUAUAUCACAACCUGAUUUAAUAAGAUAUAAGCA